GAGAAAGAAUGCAGCUUCCCUCUUCUCCUUUCUAUAUUUUUAAAACACACUCUUUCCUUUCCCUUCCCGCCCUACCCCAAGAAAAUUUACGUAACAUGAAGGGAAAGUUUUCUCUCCUUACUCCCUUCCUCUUCUCUUUCACUUUCUCUCUGCUUCUUCCUCCUUCGCUUUCUGCUCCUCCUAAUGAUACAGAUGCUCUCACGCUCUUCCGCCUCCAGACCGACACCCACGGCAAUCUCCUCUCCAACUGGACCGGCCCAAAUGCUUGUGCUUUCUCCUCUUCUUCUUGGGUUGGCGUCAAGUGCUCUGCCGCUGGCCGCGUUGUUUCUCUUUCUCUCCCUUCUCUCUCCCUCCGUGGACCCAUUACUUCCCUUUCUCUUCUUGAUCAGCUGCGCGUCCUCGACCUCCACGAAAACCGCCUCAACGGCUCCGUUUUGCCUCUCACCAACUGCACAAACCUCAAGCUCGUUUAUCUGGAUGGCAAUGACUUCUCAGAUGAAAUCCCGCCGGAGAUUUCCUCUCUCAAACGGCUCCUCCGCUUGGACCUAUCAAACAACAACAUCCGCGGCGAGAUUCCUGUAGGAUUGUCCAACUUGACCAAGCUUUUAACGCUCCGGUUACAAAACAAUGAACUCUCAGGCCAAAUCCCUGAUCUCUCCAGGUCAUUUCCCAAUCUUAAAGAACUCAAUUUGUCCAACAACGAACUGUACGGACGUUUACAAGAUAACUUGUUGAAGAAAUUCAGUUACCGGAGCUUUUUUGGCAAUGAAGGUUUAUGUGGGUCGAGUCCAUUACCAGCUUGUUCCUUCACAGGAACGGUACCGACGGAUCCUUCAUCUCAGACGGUGCCAUCUAACCCAAGCUCAAUGCCCCAGACACCGAUCCUCAGCAAAGACAAGCCUCAGUCACAUAAAGGGCUAAGCCCUGGUGCUAUUGUGGCAAUUGUGAUAGCCAACUGCGUGGCUUUCUUGGUGAUGAUUUCAUUUUUAGUUGCGUAUUAUUGUGGUAGAGACAGAAGUGCAAGCUCUAAAGUGGGUAGUGAGAGUGGAAAGAGAAGGAAGAGUGGAAGUAGCUAUGGAAGCGAAAAGAGAGUGUAUGCAAAUGGGAGUGGAGAUAGUGAUGGAACUAAUGCUACUGAUAGGAGUAGGCUCGUCUUCUUUGACAGGAGGCAGCCGUUUGAACUUGAGGACUUGUUGCGUGCCUCGGCGGAGAUGCUUGGUAAGGGAAGCCUAGGAACUGUCUACAAGGCGGUGCUAGACAAUGGAUGUACGGUGGCGGUGAAGAGGUUGAAGGACGCCAACCCUUGUGCAAGGAAGGAUUUCGAGCAGUAUAUGGAUGUGAUUGGGAAGCUUAAGCAUCCAAAUAUCGUGAGAUUUAGAGCUUACUAUUAUGCCAAGGAAGAGAAACUUAUUGUUUAUGACUAUCUUCCUAAUGGGAGUCUCCAUUCACUUCUUCAUGGAAAUAGAGGUCCAGGGAGGAUGCCUCUGGAUUGGACUACGAGAAUCAGCUUGGUAUUAGGAGCUGCAAGAGGAUUGGCUAAUAUCCAUGAGGAAUACAAUACAUCGAAAAUUCCCCAUGGAAAUGUGAAAUCUUCUAAUGUGCUUCUUGACAAGAAUGGUGUUGCUUGCAUUUCUGAUUUUGGGCUGUCCCUCCUCUUGAACCCAGUUCAUGCCAUAGCAAGAUUGGGAGGAUACAAGGCACCAGAGCAGGCAGAACUCAAGAGACUUUCCCAAAAGGCCGAUGUGUACAGUUUCGGAGUCUUAUUGUUGGAAGUUCUUACAGGAAGAGCUCCCUCACAGUAUCCUUCACCAACACGUCCUCGAAUUGAGGAAGAUGAACAGGCGGUGGAUCUUCCCAAGUGGGUGAGAUCAGUAGUCAAGGAAGAAUGGACAGCAGAAGUGUUUGAUCCAGAACUUUUGAGGUACAAAAACAUUGAAGAAGAACUUGUGUCAAUGCUUCAUGUGGGGUUAGUUUGUGUAGUUCCAGUGCCUGAGAAGAGGCCUACAAUGGCAGAGGUGGUGAAGAUGAUUGAGGACAUUAGGGUGGAGCAGUCGCCUCUGGGAGAGGACUAUGACGAAUCUCGCAAUUCGCUAUCACCUUCCCUGGCAACCACCGAAGAUGGGUUGGCUGGAUAUUGAAAUUGCUAGUGUGAAGAUCUGAUUAUCUCUUACACCAGCCAGAAGAUAGAUAAUUCUAGUGUCCUAUGUGAAUUAUAGUUUGGCAUUUGAAUUAGUUAUUCAAUUCAUUGAGGGAAAAAAUUAAUAUUAUUCUCAGCAGCUUGAUUUGCAUACUGUCUGGCAGCUUCAAUCUCAUUGCUUUCGAAAUGAAAUGAAUUGAUACAAUUAGGGUGAACUCAAAGCAGUUCAAAUUGGUCCUCUGGAAGACCAGCAGGUUGGGAGAGGUAUAAGAUGCUUCAACAUGCAUUUGCCUACGUGGUGCUCCAAUAAAACAAACCCAGUAAAUCUUUAUGAAGAAACGAAACUAGAGCUACAAAUGAAGGAUGGACAAUUCUCAUGCACAGCCACUAGGGCUGGGGGGUUAGAAACUCAUGAAAUUUACAGGCACUUCGGCUCAACGUGUCAUAGUUUGAUGUGAAAAUAACAUUAUUUACUUAUUUA